GAUGAAGUUGUGAUAUGUCCUUAUGAUUCCAAUCAUCACAUGCCCAAGUCGUCCUUAGCAAAGCACAUGGUGUCUUGUAGAUUAAGGAAACUGGGCUAUUCCAAAGAAGAAGAGGGUGAAAUGUAUAAUCCUGAUUUUUUCUAUGAGAAUGCGAAGAUACCUUCAAUUACUUUGAAUAAAGAUUCACAAUUUCAGAUCAUUAAACAAGCUAGAACUGCAUUUGGAAAAGAUGGCGAAUGUUACAGUCAAAGGAUUCACUCUUCACUGCCUGUGGAAGUUCCUCUGAAUCACAAACGGUAUGUUUGUGAUCUCACCCAAGCCGACCGUCUUGCCCUCUAUGACUUUGUAGUUGAAGAGACAAAGAAAAAGCGCUCUAGUUCCCAAAUCAUCGAAAAUGACAGUGACCUCUUUGUAGACCUGGCUGCCAAAGUCAAUCAAGAUAAUAGUCGAAAAAGUCCGAAAUCUUACCUUGAGAUCUUGGCAGAAGUGAGAGAUUACAAGAGACGACGCCAGUCCUACAGAGCCAAGAAUGUUCACAUCACCAAGAAGUCAUAUACCGAGGUGAUUCGGGAUGUGAUCAGCGUGCACAUGGAGGAGCUCAGUAAUCACUGGCAGGAAGAGCAGGAGAAAGCAGAGGAUGCCGCAAAGGACGAGGAAAGGCGAUCCGUCUCAGUAGAUUCGCGGCAGUCCGGUGGAAGCUAUUUGGAUGCCGAGUAUUCACGACACAGAAGGGAUCGGAGCAGGAGCCCCCAUAAACGAAAAAGAAAUAAAGAUAAGGAUAAAAGCUGUGAGUCGAGAAGAAGGAAAGAGAGGGAUGGGGAGAGACAUCAUAGUCAUAAAAGAAGAAAGCAAAAGAUGUAAAUGAAGUAUGUGCGCCUGUAUUAAUUAUGCUUUGUUAUGAUAACCAAUAUGUGAUUUUUCAUUGUAAUUGCUUUCCAUAGUGGAAUAGAUAUAUAUGAUCUGUUUACUGCUCAUUAUUUUCAAUAAAUGCUUAUGCUUCAAACCACGAGUACACUAUUAAGGUGUACAACUUUA